AUGAAGGCUGCUUUCCUCACUGUUCUCGCCGCUCUGGCUGCUUCCACCAUCGCCGCCCCUGCCGGCAGCUUAUCUGAGCUCACUCAGGUCACCAAGUCUAUUUCCUCUUCCGGCUCUUCUGUCUCCAGCGGCGCUGUUGCCCCCUCUGCUGCCGGCUCCGCUAGCGGCCACGUCGUUCAGGACUUGGGCGGCAAUGUCAAGCAGAUCCUCACCGUUACCGGACCUGAUGCCAAGCAGCUCCUCAUCGAGUUGAGCCCUGAUGUCACUGGUCUUCUCUCCAGCCUCGGCCUGCCCGGCGUCGGAGUCGCUGUUGGCAGCGUUGUUCAAUCUGCUUCUAGCCUCGGUGACCUGCUCACCAACCUCGCUCAGCCCCUCGAGGGUCUGCUCACCGUUGUCGGGCAGGAUGGAGGCGUUCUUCUCAUUCAGCUCGACCCCUCCGUCACCGCUCUUGUCUCCAGUCUCGGCCUGCCUGGUGUCGGUACCCCAGUCGGAACUGUUGUCGGUACUCUGGGUCAGAACCUGAAGCGCUCCAACGGCGAGAUUGUUCAGGAUCUUGCCCCCCAGGUCAAGAACGUCCUUGAGGUCACCGGCCCUAACGCCAAGCGCCUUCUCGUCCAGCUUAGCCCUUCUGUCGCUUCCCUCGUCGCCAAUCUCGGUCUCCCCAGUGUUGGCACCUCGGUUGGCAGCAUCGUCAAGACCGCUGGCAGCAUCGGUGACCUUCUCAAGGACCUCAGCACCCCCGUCGAGCAGCUCCUCACCGUUGUUGGUCAGGAUGGCUCCUACCUCCUCAUCCAGCUGUCUCCCGAAGUUGCUGGCCUCGUCAGCAGCCUCGGGCUUCCUGGUGUUGGCACCUCGGUCGGCACUGUUGUCGGCACUGUUGGUGACAACCUGUAA